AUGGCGGAAGCUGGACGUGCACGCCCAACGGGCCUGGAUGGGGGUGAGACAGGAGGUUGCAGUUGCUCCGGGUUCCGAGGGUCCUCGAGCCACUCCUCCCGGGCACCACACCCCGAGAACACCCCACGGCCCACGUGGUCGCCGGCUCAUCCGACUCUUUCACGCAGGCCGCGUCCUCCCCACGUAGAGCAGAACGGCUGGAACUCACGAAGUACGGUGAGCCGGAAGGGACAAACGGUAAAGCCCCGAAACAACGCCACGGCUUUGGGGCAAGUCCUUGCUGACGGGAAACGUCACAACAAUGGAACGUUCGUUCUGCCUGGCUCCCAACCGCCUUCAUUUCCCAAAGCCAUCUGUGGGAGUAAGAGCUCCCUCGUAUCUCUUCCCCCACACGGGAGGCCGUGCGGGAGGAACGAAGCUCUAGACCCGGGCCGCAGACCCAGGAACGCUCAAUGGAGCCCAAAAGAUGAAAUAAACAAAGUACACAGGGAAAAAGACCCCACGUAUACAGUUUACAAAGAUGAUUACGCCACACUAGACAACUUAAAACAUGGUAACAGUCUUGAAGACCAUUUACAGACUGUACUAAUAUCUCCAAACAAUACCAAAACUAUCACUCAAGGAGGAUUUGAAUCUGUUUGCAAAUUCCAUCGGACAGAAGCUCUAAAUAAUGAAAGUGAACCACUUCAAGAUGAUGGUGAACAGUUAUCUUCUACAAGGCAACCAGCACUACAAAGCCAAUGUUGUGAUUCUGCCAGUCACAGCAGUGUAAAAAAGGAAAAAAAUCCAGAGCAAAAUGACGUAUUAACAUUUUUUAUCAAAAAAGAUGUGUAUACCGAAGAAACUCUGGUAAACUCUCCCAAAAGUCCACUUCUGAAAGUCUACGAUGAAUUUGCAGUGCCUCUCCCAAUAACAGAAGAGUCAUUGUUUGACAGUAUUAUUAAAGACACCUCCAUAAACCUCAAGAAAACCUUGAGCUUCUUGUAUGAGAAAAACGUGUGCACAGAGGUUGGGGAAUCACUUCUUAAAGAAGGGUUUGACCAGACUGCUAUUCACAAAGCCAAGAUUGAUGCUGAGAAAUAUGUUGAACACACAAAGAACUCAGGAGAUAACAGCACUCUACAACUGCCAUUCCCUCUGGACAAAACCAAAGACUUUGUUCAAGAUCUGAUGCAGUCAAAUAGAUGUGACCAAAAAAACAGAAUGAGUAACAUUAUUCGUCAUCAGUUAGAUGGGGAAAAUCACAGCAACCGCCUUCAAGUUAGAAAUAUUUUCGUUAAUCCAAGGGAAUCCCAGAAUGCUAGGGAAGCUCCUGAGAAGUCAAACAUUUGUCCGAAGGAAGUAAGGGCAGAGUCUCCAAACCGCCAUGAGAAUUUCCUAAUUUAUUUCACUGACACCAGCACUUGGAGUGAGGCAUCCGUGGAAGACUUUAGUCCCCAAGAUACAAAGCAUGGUUUUGAAAGUCUGCAGCCCCUAGAGGAGGAGCAUAUAGAUUUGAAUGAUGUCAUAAAUACAUUAAAACAAGAUAACCAUAAGCAGCAAAGUAAAAUAACAGAAUUAGAGUAUAGUAACUUCCACUUAGAGAAUAAUGUCAAAGAGCUACAAAUGAAAAUUUCCAAACAACAGUUAUUUGUUGACAUCAUAAAUAAACUGAAGAAGAAUGUUGAAGAGCUUAUUGAAGACAAGUACAGAGUUAUCCUAGAAAAAAAUGAUAUUGAAAACUCCUUGAAGAAUUUGCAGAAGGUUUCAAAUGAAAUACAAAAACAGCUUGAGGAAUCUGUGUUUGAAAAGAACACUUUAAUAUUAGAGCUUAAAAAGAUGAAAAAAGAUUAUGUUGUUCUUCAGGAGAAACAUAAGAAUGAAUUAGAGCUAAAGAAUAAAUCCAUAAAUUAUUGUUUGGAAAUGGACAAAACCUUAAACAAGAAAGAAGAAAUUGGGAGGUUACAGAGUCUCAGAGGAGAACUGGACAAAGCAACUUCCACUAGGGAAUUACUCCAAAUAGAAUUCCAGAGACACGAGGAGAUCAAGAUGCAAGAAAGGCAGGAACUGAAGUGCAGUCUUAGCAAAUUGGUUGCUCAAGUUAAAGUUUUGCAGUCAAGUUCUGAGAAUGAAAGGGCUAAGAAUGCCAUGUUACAGCAGCAGAUCAAUAAGGUAAAAAAUGAGAAUGCAAAACUUCAGCAGCAAAUUGCAAGGAGUGAGGAGCAAAAUUAUAACUGGAAACUUGAGACCGCUCAGUGGAAGCAACAGCUGGAGGAAAUAAUGGAGUCAGACUUUGCAAAGAAAGAAGUAUUAAAGAAAAAAGAAAGAGAAUUAGAAUGGAAGAUACACAUGUUGGGGAGGUUUCUUCAGGACAUGAAAAUAAUGCACUCAAAUGUGUUCCUGAACUGCCCACCUUUUGAAGAAGAAAGUUUGAAUUCACCAUAUAUGAAAAAAACUUCUCAGUUUGUAUCGAAGAUGCACGAUUUAAUGGCUCUGAUGAUGGGACUGCUUACCUGUGAGGAUACAGAUAGUCCUAAUAUUGAACAUUUGCAGGACAGUGAGAAUGUUUACAAAAAAAUGAAGUGUUUCAACUUUAAGAAAAAAAGUUUGGAAAAAGAGCUACUGAAACAUAAGGAAAGAAUCUCAACCUUUAGACAGUUAAUUGCUAAUGAAAAAGCUUUUCAAGAGAAGUUUUUUGAGGACAGAGAUACUGAUUCAGAAGAAUUCGAAAAUUAUACAAAUGUUCCUGACUUACUAAGCACCAAACUAGAUCAGUACCAUAAUCUAAAUGGAGAGCUUAAUUCCCUGAUUAGCAAAUUGGGAAAUCUAUUGGAGUCUAAAGAAGACCAGUGCAACAAACUCAUUGAAGAAAAUGAUGAGUAUCAAAAACAUUUAGGAAACCUAACAAAUAAGGACCAGGGUUCCCCCAGAGAACAAGGAUGGCCAGAUGAACCCCCAGCACAGGUAACAUCAUAUGAGGAGAUCAUAGAGUGUGCUGACCAAAGGCUUGAGAUGUCUCACUUCCAGAUUGCACAUUUGGAAAAGAGGAACAGACAGUUGGAAGAUUUCAUUAAGAAGCCUAAUGUGCAAAUUUCAAAUUUAAGAACAAAAGGUUUAGAAAAACAGCCAAAGUCCAUGACUGCGGUAUACAAUAUCUUAGAAGCAAAGAGAAAAGACUUAAAGUCACCAAAACUGAAGACUAAAUAUUGCCAGUCAUACAGCCAUCCCAUGAACAGACUGUUUCCAUAGUAAAGUGCCCAAAUAAUAUAUGUAAUAUUGAUGUAUUAAAGUUAAUAUAAGACAGUA